UGUGUAUAUGUGUAUAUACAUUCCUUCUUUGCUUGGGAACUAGUUCUAGUUACUGCAAAAUCCUGCUUAUAUCUCAUCAUUUUGUUGUGUUCUUCGUACAGCUUUGUUAUUAUUCCAGCUUCGUGCCGCGAUAAUUGUUGCUCGUACUGAGUAUUAUAACAACUUCAACUUGCUUAGUCACACCCCAGGCGCUACAGCUUUACCUACGGUACAGCUUUCCAUAACCUUUUCCCUCCAACAGACUGUAAUUAGCAGCAAUGACAGCCGUGUCCCCAUUCGCACGCGCAAGCACUUUUGACGAUGUGAGAUUGGCUGGUAGAGAGCAAACUAUUGAAGAAAUGUAUAGUGUCCCGGAGAGUUUUCUGGAGAUUGAAGUGAGGAACCCCCAGACGCAUGGGUUCGGACGAAAGAUGUACACAGAUUAUGAGAUUGUGUGCAAGACCAAUAUCCCUGCCUUCAAAUUGCGUCACUCCCUUGUACGACGUCGAUACUCCGAUUUCGAAGCUUUCCGAGACAUUCUUGAACGAGAAUCCACCAGAGUAAAUAUACCUCCUCUUCCAGGGAAGGUCUUCACGAAUCGAUUCUCGGACGAGGUAAUAGAGAGUCGGAGGGAAGGUUUGGAACGCUUUUUGAGUAUUGUUGCAGGGCAUCCGUUACUACAGACUGGAAGUAAAGUUUUGUGUGCAUUUCUUCAAGAUCCUGCUUGGGAUAAAUCACAAUGGCUGUAAACGGUAACGAGUCGAGGUAUGAUAAUAGGUUGGCUGGAUGAUUCAAUGGACAUGUCUUAUCCUCGGAUUGCACACACUAAUGCAUUUUCUCAUUACGAUGGUCAUCUUGCCCUCCAAGGUUUCCUAAUUCUUUAUUUUUCUUUACUUGUUGUAUUCAUGUACCUACUUGACUUUCUGUUCAAACUUUGCGGAAUGAGUGCGGCAUUGAGUCUUGACUAAGGCUUACCGGCUUGAUCCGAUACGGCAAGACCGGUCACGUAGUAAGAACAGUAAUCAAAAAUUAUUCCUGUCAGCUUCCUCCAUG